UGCUCUUAUUCAUCCGGUUGUUAUGUGAUCAUCUUUCAUCCUUUUCGUCCAGCGGGACCUAAAUUUCCUUCGACUUAUCCAUCGACAUCAGAACAUCCACCGUCGUCCGGUGUACUUUCGCGCGCUGCCCAAAACCAGCAAAGUUAAUCGUGGGAGCGGAGUUUUUGCCAAACAAUACCAGGGCUAUUCAAUUUGCUCUUUACGUCUAAACGGGAACAAAUCAUCCGGGCAUAAUAAUUGGACCGAAAAAAUAAAAAGAUUUCGCAACCUCAAGAAAGCGAACGGAGAAAGCGCUUCCACACCCAUCACACCUGAAUCACGAUGAGACAACAACUAUCUCCCGUCCUCGCGUCGCUCGCGAACGUCUUUAAGAUUCCCAUUGCCCGUCCAUCAGCACAUCUUACGUCCCCAUUGAGCUCUUCGUCGUCAUCACUCCUCCAAGCUUCGCUGUCAAACCGGGUAUGCGGUGGACUGCAGACUUCGGUUUUUACACGGUCAUUUUCUGCCGGCCCUGUACUAUCUGCGAGGAAAGGGAAGAAAGUUAUUGAUAAGCGCGUUACCCUAAUCCGCUACUUCCUCUAUCACCCUUUGACGCCACGCCCCCUCCGUUUCUCUCGUAACCGCUACCUGCGCCACUGGACCAUCCACCGCGCCUGGCAACUCUACUGCGCCAAGAAACGGGAGGCGCGCCAGCUCGAGCUAGAACGGCAAUGGAACAGCAUGCGAGAUGCGUGCGAGGAGCUACGGACAGGUGCAGGGGAUGGCGGCAAGCUGUUCCGCAUCUCCAUGAACAAGAGAGGUGUCUUCACGGAUCAGAUACCGAUUGAGUAUGGUAGAAUGCAGACGGAGGGACCAAGUAAGGAGGGAUGGAAUUAUGACUGGAAGAGGUAGAUGAUUUAGUGGGGUUCGAGAUAGAUGCUGUUGAGGAGAAUUCGUUGCAGUUUGGUGGGGGCGUAGUUGAUGGUUUUUGAGCAGUAUGUUCUCACCUUUGAAGACGCAUUGACGUUGCAGAAUGUGGGUGGAUACAACCUUGCUCUCUUUCUGCCGGCACUUAUAUUGCCAUUUUUCUUUUCAGGCCUUUUUUUAAAAAAACAAACUUAUUAUUUAUUUAUUUAUUUAUGGCUUUGGAUAUGCUGUACUAUAUAUUAUAUCAUGCCUACAGGUGCAAAGAACAGAUGCAAAAAAUAUAAUUAUCUCCUUUUCAAACCCUGAUUAAAA